CGUCUCCACAUACCUCAGUGGUAGAUUAAAUCUCAGUGCAAGUCCAGAUGCUGGGUAAAUGGUGCCACACCCAAUCAUGCAGUCACGCCACUAACAAGACUAGAACAAGAGUAAACUCUAUUUUCGAAAUCGAACUUCUAUCUCCCAACAAAUCGGACGUGCUCCCCUGGAUCAGUGGCGAAUAUUCAGCAGAGCCUAAGAGAUAUGCACGCGCAACUGUGGCAUACGGAAUACCAGACGAGCCAUACUUUCAGGAAUACAUGGUCGGGCCUUUACCAGCAACCAACGUCACGAAGUUACAACCUCUUACCUAUCCGUUCAACAGCCGGAACCCUGGAAAGACUAGAAUUCCAUCCCUCAUAUUACCUGGACAGGAUGUUGCCAGCGCCGUGCUCAAGCUUGGGUCUGAUAUUGCGGACAUCACUCGCGAGCUGUGGAACACGACUAUCGCAGAUGGAGGUGUGACAUUCCGGACUCAGUUUCCACUCCACCAGGAAGACGGUAAAACACUGACAUGGUUCGAAUUCAUCGGGGUUCCUACCGACGAAUUCGAUAGCACCACUGUGCUUCCGUUAGGCGUAUCCCUGAGAAUCGACACAACCGAUCGCAAUUACACGAAGUGGGCGAUCACAGGCUGGUUUUGUCUCGGGAAACUGUACAACAGCACAGAGGAGUUCCGCGAGGCGCUCUUCUCACCGGGUUUCGAGAAGCCACCUCCAAAUAUCGACGGGUCCUGGACUGCCCUGAACCAACGAGGCGAUCCGCUACCGCUCGACAAUCUGCCACCGCCGGUGUCCGUGUCUCGAGGGAGUCAGAGAUACACCGUUGAUGCGCAAGAAAACUACGUGACAUGGAUGGAUUUCUCAUUCUACUUUUCCACAAGCAAGAGCACCGGACUAUCCCUAUUCGACGUCCGCUACAAAGGCAAACGCCUGAUCUACGAGCUCGGUCUAGAAGAAGCUCUCGCCCACUACGCAGGCUCCGAUCCCUUCCAAUCACAAGCCAGCUUCUUCGACACGUUGAGUGGUAUGGGCGCCGCUAUGAAUCCUCUCGUUGCUGGCUACGAUUGCCCAGAAUACGCCACCUUCCUCAGCGCUAAUAUGACGAUCAGUGGGCAAGCAACUACUAUCUCCAACGCUAUAUGCCUCUUUGAAUACGACGCCGGGUUUCCCAUACGUAGACACUUCAAUGUGCAAGGCUACACCUAUGCUGCGAAGAAUAUACUGUUCACUAUUCGAACGAUAUCUACCGUUGGCAACUAUGAUUACCUUAUUGAAUACAGUUUCUUCCUCGACGGAGGCAUUGAGGUAUCCGUCAGAGCAUCUGGGUAUAUCUCAGCUGCAUAUUAUGCGAAUAACCAGGACUAUGGGUUCCAGAUCCAUGAUUUUUUGUCCGGGUCGAUGCAUGAUCACGUCAUAACGUUCAAAGCGGAUUUGGAUAUUCUGGGAGAGAAGAAUAGUGUACAGAAGGUGGAGUUUGUGCCUGACACCGUGGAGUAUCCUUGGGCACCAGGCCAACUUCGUAAUACAUUCCGUGCGCGCAAAAGCUUCAUCACAAGCGAGUUGGACGCCAGUAUCAACUGGGCACCCAAUGAUGCCGCCAUCUACGCCAUCGUCAAUAAAGACACCCCGAAUCGAUAUGGCGAAUUCCCGGGGUACAGAGUGCGGAAAGCAUCCGGUGCUUCACACCUGACAGUCGUCAACUCCUCGAACACUGGCAACGCUGCGCACUUCGCCACCCACGAUUUAUACUUCACCAAGCAGAAAGACACGGAGCCGCGAGCUGCGGAUCCAUAUAACGGCCAUGAUACUCAAGAUCCACUUGUUGAUUUCUCCAAAUUCCUGGAUGGUGAGACUCUGGAGCAGGAAGAUUUAGUUGUCUGGUUUAACCUUGGUAUGCAUCAUAUACCGCAUACAGGCGACUUGCCGAAUACGCUGAUGACAUCUGCGCAUUCGAGCAUCAGGCUUGAGCCUUUGAACUAUUUGGAAGGCGAUCCUUCGGUUGCUACGACGCAACAGGUGAGGUUUGUGCAUGAUAAUGCGCAGGAGGGUGAGGAGGAGGGAGGAGCGUGA